GCUGGGUUGUUGCAGCCACGGUUGCCUGGCCAGGGACCCGAGCCGAACAGUCAUCGUCAGAAUGUCGGGCAAAGACCGAAUUGAAAUCUUUCCCUCGCGAAUGGCACAGACCAUCAUGAAGGCUCGGCUGAAAGGAGCACAGACAGGUCGAAACCUCCUGAAGGAAAAAUCUGAUGCCUUAACUCUUCGAUUUCGACAGAUCCUUAAGAAGAUAAUAGAGACUAAAAUGUUGAUGGGUGAAGUGAUGAGAGAAGCUGCCUUUUCACUUGCUGAGGCCAAGUUCACAGCAGGGGACUUCAGCACCACAGUUAUCCAAAAUGUAAAUAAGGCCCAAGUGAAGAUCAGAGCAAAGAAAGAUAAUGUAGCCGGUGUUACAUUGCCAGAAUUUGAACAUUAUCAUGAAGGAACUGACAGUUAUGAACUGACUGGUUUAGCCGGAGGUGGGGAACAGUUGGCUAAACUGAAGAGGAAUUAUGCCAAAGCAGUGGAACUACUGGUGGAGCUGGCUUCACUGCAGACUUCCUUUGUUACUUUGGAUGAAGCUAUUAAGAUAACCAACAGGCGUGUAAAUGCUAUUGAACAUGUCAUCAUUGCCCGGAUUGAACGUACCCUUGCUUAUAUCAUCACAGAGCUGGAUGAGAGAGAGCGAGAGGAGUUCUACAGGUUAAGGAAAAUACAGGAGAAGAAGAAGAUUCUCAAGGAAAAGUCUGAUAAGGACUUGGAGCAGCGGAGGGCAGCCGGAGAGGUGAUGGAGCCUGCUGAUCUCCUGCCUGAAGAGAAGGAUGAAGAGUUUCUGUUUGAAUAA